AUGAAGAAUUCCAGAUCGGCGACCAGGGCCCACGGCGCGUCGUUGGCCAAGCAGGCGACUCGCUCUGGGCCAGUCUCGGCGACGCGUGGGACGGCCAACUCCCCGAAGGCAAUGGGUCUGAGGCCUGCUCUCCUCGCCAUCGCCCGGGAGCUCUCCAAGCGCGCCAAGCUGACGCGGUUCAACACGGUCGACGACGCCGCCAACCUCAUUAGCCGCAGUAAAAACAUCAUCUGCCUGACCGGCGCCGGCAUCUCUACCAGUUUGGGCAUCCCCGACUUCCGUUCCAAGGGGACCGGUCUCUACUCCAAACUGGAGCACCUGGGCCUCAGCGACCCCCAAGAGGUGUUUGAUAUCGAUCAGUUCAAGGCGGACCCCACCGUCUUCUACUCCGUGGCCAAGGACAUCCUACCCUCCACCGACCGUUUUACCCCGACCCACGCCUUCAUCGCCCUUUUGCAGGAGAAGGGGAAGCUCCUGACAAACUACUCCCAAAAUAUCGACAACCUCGAGGCCAAGGCCGGCAUCCACCCCAGCAAGCUUGUCCAGUGCCACGGCUCCUUCGCCACCGCCACAUGCAUCGAGUGCGGCUACAAGGCCGACGGCGAGUCCAUCUUCCCCGAGAUCCGCGACGGCAUCCUACCCCGCUGUCCGCAGUGCACCAAGAAUCUGCGGCCCCCAGCCGGAAACGGCAAGGGAAAGCGAAAACGAUCGCGCGGCGCCGAAGCCAAGAAGCGCAAGCGCGGGGGCCGCGACUUUGACGAUUUCGACGACGACGAUGACGACGGCUCCGAGUUUGACAUACCCGAGGCCGGCGUGAUGAAGCCCGACAUUACCUUUUUCGGCGAGGCUCUGCCCGACGAUUUUGGUCAGCGCCUCACCGAGCACGACCGCGACCUCGUCGACCUCGUCAUUUACAUUUCUCGCACCCCGGUCGACCACUUAAACUUCGACAUUGACCUACUGGGUGACUGCGACGUCGUCGUCGCGGAGCUGUGUCGGCGCAUGGGCUGGAAUUUGGAGCACGAGAUGAUUCCCCGGGGCCAGGCUGUUGACGUUGGUUCGGUUGAUGGCUUUGUGAGCCGCUGGGUGGAUCAGCAUGUUAAUAUACCCUACCAUGCUACGAGGUGA